AUGAGUGACGAUGAUUCUAUGCUGUUAAACUUUACCACCAAUGAUGACGCUGCAGGAAAUUCUUUCAAGCAAGCUGCUAAGGUGACAGGCGGUAGAUGGAAGGAUAGAAGAAGAAUGAAGAUGAAAUUAGAAGGUAAGACGGCCUCGAAGAAAAGAAGAGCAGAUGUCACUGGGGAUCAAGGGUUAAUGUCGGGAAGAGACGAGAAUCCCAGCAAAAAAAUGCAUAAGGAUAACGCCAAUGGAUCUGCAGUGCAGGAAAAACCUAAGGGUAGAAAUGCUCAUAACACCCAAGGAAGAACAUUGCCAGCAGACUCUCAGUUUGUUUCGUCCUUGUUUACAUCCAACAGAGAGAUUACGACCGCCGUGAACACUAAUAUUCAUGAUGAAAGUGUUGCCAUUAACCCGUCCAACGCACCAUUGAAAGGUGAUCUUUUUGCGUCACUAGGUGUCUCUGAUGUUGUCGUUUCUCAUUUGGAGCAAAAGAUGCGUAUCCAAAAGCCUACCAGUAUCCAAAAGCAGACCAUCCCUCAAAUUAUAGCUAACGCAGGGAAAAACGAUUUUUUUAUUCAUGCUCAAACUGGUUCGGGUAAAACGUUAUCAUACUUGUUGCCCAUCAUAUCCACUAUCUUGAACAUGGAAACCCACGUUGAUCGCACAUCCGGUGCGUUCGCUUUGGUCGUUGCUCCUACACGUGAAUUAGCGUCGCAAAUAUAUCAGGUCUGCUCCACUCUUGUCUCAUGCUGUCAUUAUCUUGUUCCAUGUCUGCUGAUUGGUGGUGAAAGUAAGAAGUCAGAGAAGGCUAGAUUGCGUAAAGGUUGUAAUUUCAUUAUUGGCACCCCAGGUCGUAUCUUGGACCAUUUGCAAAAUACUAAAGUCAUUAAGGAGCAAUUGAGUCAAUCCCUAAGGUAUAUUGUAUUGGAUGAAGGUGACAAAUUGAUGGAAUUGGGGUUUGAUGAAACAAUCAGUGAAAUUAUAAAGAUUGUCCAUGAUAUUCCUAUCAACUCCGAUAAGUUUCCCAAGCUACCUCACAAGUUAGUGCACAUGCUAUGUAGUGCCACAUUGACUGACGGUGUUAAUAAGCUAAGAAAUGUAGCCCUAAAAGAUUACAAAUUGAUUAGCAAUGGUACAAAGAAGGAUGCAGAUGCUGUAACGGUAGCUCCCGAUCAACUGUUGCAAAGGAUCACUAUUGUUCCGCCAAAGUUGCGUCUUGUGACCUUGGCUGCUACUCUGAACAACAUCACCAAAGAUUUUGCAGCUAUUGAUCCACAGUCCAAGACACUGCGUACAAUUGUAUUCGCAUCAUGUUCAGAUAGUGUGGAAUUCCAUUAUGAUGCUUUUUCCGGAAGUGAUGGGCACCAUAAGAAUUUAACAGGUGAUUCCGUGAGGUUACUUACAAAGGGAAACACUAUGUUUCCCUGUUUUUCUAAUUCGCAGGAUCCUAAUUUGAUUAUCUACAAAUUGCACGGAUCUUUGUCUCAACAAACAAGAACCUCUACUCUGCAACACUUUGCUCGUGACAGUGAAGCCACUAAGGGAAAACAUUUGAUCAUGUUCUGUACAGAUGUGGCAAGUAGAGGUUUAGAUCUUCCCCAAGUUGGAUCCGUUAUUGAAUUGGACCCGCCAUUUGCAGUUGAAGACCAUUUACAUAGAGUGGGUCGUACCGCUCGUGCUGGUGAGAAGGGGGAAAGUUUGCUAUUCUUACUUCCUGGUGAAGAGGAAAAAUACAUGGACUACAUUCAGCCAUACCAUCCCAUGGGUUGGGAAUUACUGAAAUUUGAUAAAGAAAUAUUAAUGCCGGCUUUUAAAGAUGUUAAUGUCAAUAGAAAUGACAAAUUUAUUAGAAAAGAUGACAAGAAUAAGGGCGGAGAUGACAAAGAAUAUGAAUGGGACACCAAUGCCACAACGUGGCACUUAAAUAUAGAAAGACGGGUAGUAGGAGAUUCUGCAUUCAAGAACCUUGCUGUCAAGGGUUUUAUUAGUCACGUGAGGGCUUAUGCUACGCAUAUAUCGCAAGAAAAGAAGUUCUUUAAUGUUAAAUUCCUGCAUUUGGGCCAUUUGGCUAAAAGCUUUGGAUUACGUGAAAGGCCUAAGGCUAUGGGAUUGCAAAGUAGUAAGGAUGGCAAUGGUGAAAAUAAACCGGCCAAGGAAAACGCCAAGAAUAAAAUGUUCCGUAUGGCUCGUAUGGCAGAGAAGCAAAUAGUAAGUGAAUUUAAUUAUUAA